AUGGCGGAGACUCCGUCGCUGUUCGCAUGCGCGCUGGAUGUAUUGACAACGGUUGAUGUCUUUGCAAAGGCUGAGAAGACCUAUAAGUAUGUAGGGCAAUGGAAGAAUGGUGCGAUCAAUGUGGUCUGUAAUGAAGACGACGACGUGAAGAGCGUGCCAGACCAUCCGGCGCGACCGGAGAAUGUGAAAGUUGUUCCAGUUAACAAAGCCAAGCAGGGAUCCCGUAAGGUUUUCGUGCAUAGUUUGGUGCACUCUGAAAGCUACGCGAUCGAUGUCAUGUGGGACAUGGUGUGUCGCUUUGUGCCGCACAAUCUGCCUCGUGCAUUCUACGACGACUGGGUUCGUAUCGCAGGUGAGGAAGCAGACCACUUUACUAGGUGGGCACGACGUCUCACGGAGCUCGGUAGCUUCUACGGCGACCUCACGGUCCAUGAAGGUCUCUGGGAUGCAGUCUAUGAAACUCGCCAAAGCAUUCUGGCACGUCUGGCUGUAGUGCAUCUUAUUCAUGAGUCUCGCGGGCUUGAUGUGUUUCCAAACGCUGUAAAGAGAUUCGAGAAGGCCGACGAUAAAUCAAGUCUGGAAAUCAUCAACAAAAACUACCGCGAGGAGACCACUCACGUGGAGGCUGGAGUACGUUGGUUCCGAUAUGUCUGCGAGCGGGAUGGCGGUGAUCCCAUUGCAAAGUUCCACGAGAUUGUACCGCAGUACUACAAGGGCAAACUGAAGCCACCAUUCAACAAGGAAGCACGCAGCAAAGCUGGAAUGUCGGAGGAAUGGUACCUUCCUCUCAGCUUGGAACCUGGUGUGACGGAAAAGAAACCCACUAGCGCUACGACAAUCGAAGAAACGACAACUGCGAUGUUAUCGAUGAAGGUAGACUCAUUUGUGUCGUAA